CGAUGUUCCCUUAAUGGCCUGUAGGUGUCAGCAGAGUGCCGUUAGCCAUUGAAAACGCCGUAGAGGAAGUGAGGGAGCCACUAACGCAGGAGAUGAUGGAGAUGAGUUUACCUGAAGCUCUCUGACCAUCAGUGGUAACUGACCUCCACGGCUGUCAGGAUGCAAGGAUUCUACUCCAAACUGGACUCCUCCCCCUCCUCGUCCCCUUUGUUGGGUCUCGGAGGAGGUGCUGCUGCCCCAGUGCCUCUGAGCCUGGCGGUGGAGACAGAAAAAGCUCAGGCUCUGCUGCAGACAUUUAGCUCCGCCUCCCUCUUGGCCUCCGCAGGACUGGGUAUGUUCUGCGUGGUGGCCGACCACGUUCUCCAAACGUCAGUCAUCCAGAACCACCUGUGGCUGCGUGCGGUCUUGGACAACGCCACCCACGGAUUGGUGGGUCUGUGGUCGUGGGCGGUUGUUAUUGGACUGAGGAAAAAGAGCGACGUGUAUGAAGUUCUUCUGGCCGGUCUCCUGGCCUCCAUCAUAGACCUGGACCACUUCUACAUGGCUGGAUCCCUGUCCCUGAAGGCUGCAGUGUCUCUCCCCCAGCGCCCCCCCCUCCACUGCUCCUCCCUCAUCCCCGUCCUGUGUCUCUCCCUCCGCUUCCUCAUGUGGAUUGGCCGCCUGAAGGACGCCUGGUGCUCGCUGCCUUGGAUGCUCUUCAUCUCCAUGGCGACGCACCACGUCCGUGAUGCCGUGCGACACGGAUUGUGGAUGUGUCCGUUUGGCCAAACUGCUCCGAUCCCCUACUGGCUGUACAUCAGUACUACAGCCACACUUCCUCACCUGUGCUCAGUGCUCAUGUACCUGACAGGAACCAGGGAUGUGAUCUCCACCAAACAUGGAGUGGCCAUCGACGUCUAGAUAAGCCCCCCCCCCCCCCCCCCCCCCCAGCUGUGGGAGCCAACUGUCGAUAGUGAACGUCACACUUGACUGAAUAACACUGGGAAAAACAAAACAAAACGGUUUUAAUUUUGUCAGUGAAGAGAAUCCAAUCCAAUCACUUCUGG